UCCGCCCUCGGAUUCCAGUCAAUGGGCGGUACAAGGGUCUGUUCCACCCUGGGCGGUCCCCCCUUUUAAACUCGAGUCUCGGGAGAAUUUCACCCAAACCAUGACGGAUCUGGAGAAGCUCAGUAUCUCAGGCCACAUGUUCGACGUAGUCGUGAUUGGAGGCGGCAUCUCAGGAUUGGCUGCUGCCAAACUAUUGUCUGAAUACAAAAUUAAUGUCUUGGUUUUGGAAGCCCGGGAUAGAGUUGGAGGGAGAACAUAUACUGUGAGGAAUGAUCAUGUUAAAUGGGUAGAUGUUGGUGGAGCCUAUGUGGGACCAACCCAGAACAGAAUCUUACGCUUGUCUAAGGAGCUAGGCAUAGAGACCUAUAAAGUGAAUGUCAAUGAACGUCUAGUUCAAUAUGUCAAGGGGAAAACUUACCCGUUUCGUGGUGCAUUUCCACCUGUGUGGAACCCCUUGGCAUAUUUGGAUUACAACAACCUGUGGAGGACAAUGGAUGCAAUGGGAAAAGAGAUUCCCGUUGAUGCACCAUGGCAAGCAAGACAUGCUGAGGAAUGGGACAAGAUCACCAUGAAAGAUCUCAUUGAUAAAAUCUGUUGGACAAAAACUGCUCGGGAAUUUGCUUAUCUUUUUGUGAACAUUAAUGUGACUUCUGAGCCUCAUGAGGUAUCUGCCCUGUGGUUCUUGUGGUAUGUGAGGCAGUGUGGGGGCACCUCUCGGAUAUUUUCAGUCACCAAUGGCGGCCAGGAACGGAAAUUUGUAGGUGGAUCUGGCCAAGUAAGUGAACAGAUAAUGGCCCUCCUUGGAGAUAAAGUGAAGCUGAGCUCUCCUGUUACUUAUAUCGACCAAACAGAUGACAACAUCAUUGUGGAAACACUGAAUCAUGAACACUAUGAGUGCAAAUAUGUAAUUAGUGCCAUCCCACCAGUUUUGACUGCCAAGAUCCACUUUAAACCAGAGCUACCACCUGAGAGAAAUCAGUUAAUUCAGCGUCUUCCAAUGGGGGCUGUCAUCAAGUGCAUGGUGUAUUACAAAGAAGCCUUCUGGAAGAAAAAGGACUAUUGUGGCUGCAUGAUCAUUGAAGAUGAAGAGGCUCCAAUUUCAAUCACUCUGGAUGAUACUAAACCAGAUGGAUCACUGCCUGCCAUCAUGGGCUUCAUACUUGCCCGGAAAGCUGAUCGACUUGCUAAACUACAUAAAGACUUAAGGAAGAAGAAAAUCUGUGAGCUGUAUGCCAAAGUUCUGGGAUCUGAAGAAGCUUUAUAUCCAGUCCAUUAUGAAGAGAAGAACUGGUGUGAGGAGCAGUAUUCCGGGGGCUGCUACACAGCCUACUUCCCUCCUGGUAUCAUGACCCAGUAUGGAAGGGUGAUUCGCCAGCCAGUAGGCAGGAUUUACUUUGCAGGCACAGAGACAGCAACACAGUGGAGUGGCUACAUGGAAGGAGCAGUUGAAGCUGGAGAACGGGCAGCUAGAGAGGUCUUGAAUGCUCUAGGAAAAGUUGCCAAGAAGGAUAUAUGGGUUCAAGAGCCUGAGUCCAAGGAUGUUCCAGCCCUUGAAAUUACCUCCACCUUCUUAGAGAGGAACCUGCCUUCCGUACCUGGUCUGCUCAAGAUCACUGGGUUUUCCACUUCUGUGGCUCUUCUCUGCUUUGUAUUGUACAAGUUUAAACAGUCCCGAUUCUGAAGUUUUCACCCUCAGACCUCCUGCUUGAUCAUCCUUAGCAAGAUCAGCAUGUAAAGGAAAGUGUGGAUGAAUUACAGCCUGUGUUUUGGGCCAUUUAAGUGCACUUGAUUUAACCCUCAUCAGUUUAAUUUCAGUCUUUGUAAAGUGAUAACAGUCCAAUGAAUCACCUAGCUAAUUUCCCUAAGAACAAGUUUCAUCCUGUUUGUUAGACUAAUUUGUAUUGGUCGAUAGAAUAAAAUGUUGAGUGCUUAAUUUCAAAAGGUGAAGUACUUAUGAGGAAUAAUUUUUGGGUUCUGUUUUUUUUUCUUUUUGCCUUUAAUACAAAAUAGCUAAUGGUUUCAGAAAUAAAAUACUUGACUCACUGUGA